CCGUCCCGUCCUUUCCACCGAUCGCCGGCCGCUCGCAGGCUACCGCCCGGUGAUCAUUCCCGGCGAAUCUGGUGGCAGCAUGGCACUCGUCCGCAAGCCGCCCAACGGGCUCCUGGAGAUCAGUGAGCAGGUCUACGUAUUCGAUUCGUGCUUCUCGGCAGAUGUAGUGGACGAAGACAAGAACCAGCACUACAUCGACGACAUCGCCUCGCGGCUUGAGGACAACUUCCCGGACGCCUCCUCCAUGAUCUUCAACUUCCGACCGGAGGAGCAGGGUCGCCGGAGCUGGCUGUCCGACAUGAUUUCCAGGUCGAGCUACGUCAUGACGGUGAUGGACUACCCGAUGCAGUACCAGGGGUGCCCGCUCCUCACCUUGGAGAUGAUCCACACUAUCCUCAGGAUCGGGGACACCUGGCUCGGCUUGGACGAGGACAACUUCCUCAUCCUGCAUUGCGAGCGAGGUGGCUGGCCCGUGCUCGCGUUCAUGCUGGCGGCACUGCUGCUGCGUCGGAACCUGAGCAGCGGUGAGCACAAGACACUCGAGAUGGUCUACGGGAAAGCACCGCGGGACCUCAUCCGGUUACUCUCGCCGCUAAAUCCAAUGCCUUCUCAGAUGAGAUACCUGCAUUAUAUAUCUCGGAGGAAUGCGAGCUCAUGGUGGCCAACGGAUGAUGUAGCUGUUAACUUGGACUGCCUCGUACUAACAAGCAUGCCAGCAGGCUUUAAUGGGGAGGAUGGAUGUAGACUCAUGUUCCUUAUACAUGGGAAGGAUCCUCUGCUUGAUGUAAAUAACGGGCCCAAACUGUUAUUUUCAACACCAAAGGAACUCUACAAGCAGGCAGACUGUGAACCGAUUAAGAUCAACAUCGACUGCCCUAUUCAAGGAGAUGUCGUGUUGGAAUGCAUUAGCACGGAUGCUGAUCAAGUUCGACAUGAGGUCCGGUUCAGAGUCAUGUUCAAUACUACAACAUUUAUCAGAUCUAAUGUUCUCAGGCUAAAUCGAGAUGAAAUUGACAUAAUGUGGGAUGAUAAAGAUCGAUUCCCAGAGGGAUUCAGAGUCGAGCUUAUUGUUUCAGAAAUGGACUCUCCGAAUCAAUUGGAUCCCGGCAGGGAGGUCGCAGGUAUAGGAGAGGAGGGCGUACAAGUGGAAGCAUUUCCAAAGGUUCAAAUCUUCAGUAUUACGGAAUGCAAUCAUCUGGGAAGGGAUGCUGCAGUGCAGUUUCCCCAGCGGCGUACUUCCUCGGAAAACAUACAGCUGCAGGUGCGACAAGGGUUGGUGUCUCCAAGCAAGAAUGGUUCGAGCGUAAAAGAAGUAACAGGGCACUUGGAGCUUGGUUAGUUUUCUCCGACCGAC